AUGUUGAGUACUCGUAAUCUCAGGCUAAUAGUUGCCGUUUUUGCGAUUUUUGGUAUUUUUGCGUUCUUUGCAACAUCACAAAACUCACUUCGGAGUACAGUACAAAGAGUUGGUAAGCAACCAGCUAGUGGUGAUUCGACGAUACAUCAACAACAAGAUGAUCAACAACAGCAGCAACAGCAACAGCAACAGCAACAAUCAAAGCCUCAAGAGGAUCAUUCACAAGUAGAUGAGGAGGAGAAAAACACUCUUCAAGGGAAGCCACAUUCAGGUACAAAACCUCCUUAUGAAAAAGUUGAUAACUCCGAAUCAAACAUCGCGGAAAAGUUGAGCGACAAGCCACCAUCUGCUAAUAAAGAGAAUGAGAAUGAAAAAAUAACCACACCACAGGAGGUGAGCAUGAACAAAGAGUGUAAUGAAGUCAACUAUGUUGUCAUGAUUGAUGCUGGAAGUACAGGAUCGAGAGUGCAUGUGUACGAGUUCAACACUUGUUCUCAACCACCUAAAUUGUUGUCUGAAAAGUUCAAGAUGCUUGAUCCUGGGUUGAGCUCUUUUGAUACCGAUGCUGUGGGUGCAGCUAAGUCAUUGGACCCAUUGUUGGAAGUUGCAUUGGCUAAGGUACCAAAAGACAAACAAAGCUGUACACCAAUUGCUGUCAAAGCAACUGCUGGUUUGAGGUUACUAGGAGUGGCCAAGUCUGACGCUAUUUUAAAGGAAGUCAAAAGACAUUUGGAAGAAGAUUAUCCAUUUGCUGUUGUACCCGGAGAUGGAAUUUCCAUUUUAGACGGCAAGGAUGAAGGUGUUUAUGCAUGGGUUACUGCAAAUUUCUUAUUGGGCAAUAUUGGAAAUAAAGACAAAUUACCAACUGCUGCAGUUUUUGAUUUAGGUGGUGGCUCAACCCAAAUUGUAUUUGAACCUGACUAUAAAGAUCAGGUUCCAAUUGAAGGGGAAACCCAAUACAAAUUUACGUUUGGCGAUCACGACUUCACUUUGUAUCAAUUUAGCCAUUUGGGAUACGGGUUAAUGCAAGGAAGAAAUAAGAUCAACAAGUUGGUUUUGGAGAAUUACUUGAAAAAUGCCCAGUUAACCAAAUAUGCAAGCAAAAAGGAUGCAAAGGGCGUGAAUGCUGAGGUCGAUGUAACCAAUCCUUGUAUUCCUCCAAACUUAAUUGCAAAGAAUGUGCAAGUCGAAGUCUCAGAAAAGGAGGUUUAUGUUGUCAAUAUGAAAGGUCCCUCAAAAGCCGCUGGAUCGCAAUGUCGUUUUCUUGCUGAGCAGGUGCUCAAUAAAGACGCUACAUGCGAAGCAAAGCCAUGUUCGUUCAAUGGUAUCCACCAACCCUCAUUAACACAUGCAUUCAACAAGAAUUCAGAUAUGUUUGUAUUUUCAUUUUUUUACGACAGAACAAACCCGAUUGGCAUGCCUUCGAGUUUUACAGUUGAGGAGUUGAGAGAUAUAACCAAGUCAGUUUGCGAGGGCGAGUCAUUAUGGCGUGAUGUUUUCUUCGAUGACCAUGUAAACAAUUUGAGCAAGGAGCCACAAUGGUGUUUGGAUCUUAGUUUCAUCACCGCCAUGUUGCACACUGGGUAUGACAUUCCGUUAAAUAGGGAACUCAAAACAGCUAAAACGAUUGACAAUAACGAAUUGGGUUGGUGUUUAGGUGCAUCGUUGCCAUUGUUGGAUAAAACAAGUGGGUUAUGGGAAUGUAAAUCAGCGUAA